GGAUCACCUACCCACAUUACGAUCUCGUGCGUCUCUUAUAUUACAACUACCUACACAAAGCCAAAACACGAAGCUUAUUGAGAGAAGAUUCAGGAAGGCAUUUCAUAGCUUAAACUCUUCUUUAUUCGUUCCCAAAGGGGUACCCUGAGAUCACACAGAAUACAAACAAUGGGAAAGGGAGUUGCAGUUUUGAACAGCAGUGAGGGUGUUAAGGGGACUAUCUACUUCACCCAGGAAGGAAACGGUGUGACCACUGUGACUGGAACAGUUUCUGGACUUAAACCUGGUCUACAUGGUUUCCAUGUCCAUGCUCUUGGUGACACCACUAACGGUUGCAUGUCUACCGGUCCACAUUUCAACCCUGAAGGUAAACAACACGGUGCCCCUGAAGAUGCUAAUCGACAUGCUGGCGAUCUAGGAAACAUCGUUGUUGGAGAUGAUGGAACUGCCACCUUCACAAUCACUGACAGCCAGAUUCCUCUUGAUGGGCCAAACUCUAUUGUGGGAAGAGCUGUUGUUGUCCACGCUGACCCUGAUGACCUCGGAAAGGGAGGCCAUGAACUCAGCUUGGCUACCGGAAAUGCAGGCGGCCGUAUUGCUUGCGGUAUCAUUGGUCUUCAGGGCUAAGCUGUUAGUUUUCGAGGAAGAGAGUGAUGUAAUAAGGAGGUCAUGCCUCUAGACCUGGCUAGUAUGUGUGUGCGUGUGUGUGUGACUCUCGGUUAUGGCUAUCAUCUCUGAGCUUAGUGACUCGAUGCAUUUUAUUAAAGACCAAAAAAACAGAGACUUGUGUUAUUUCAUGAAUAAAAAAAGCAGAUGUGAAAUUAAAACUUUGUGUGCAUUAACUUUGCCUGAAACUACUCAAUUUAAUAUAAAGUUGCAUUGAUGCAACGUAAACUGUGGAUUCGGAUAUAUCUUAGUCUGAAACUUAAAGAUCAGUGCGUAAAAGUAGCAAAAUCUUAAAUUGAAGUCAAG